GUUAUCUAAUUACGAGUUGAUAACCUUUUAAAGUACAAAAUGUAUUCACGCUUUAGCAUAGUUGUUUUAUUUGGAUUUGUCCUAUCACUUUCCCAGUUGGAUGUUGAGGAGAUUGAUAGUCUUAAAAACGCAAAACAGUUCUUUAGGAAUAUAUUUCACAAUACAGCUAAGAAGUCGGCAUUCGUUAAUGUAUAUGAAUUGGAACUAACACGUCGUUCAAUAAGCUUAGAACAAUUCAAUCUGUCUUCAGAGGUGUUCAACUAUGCGGGAAGAAUCGGACGUAUUAUUAAAGCAAUGGAAAACUCUUUGAAGAUGCUUGUCUCUUGGACGGAAGAAGAAAUUUCCAAAUAUUCUUGGAAUCCCAAAUUAAAGCCAGAUAUCACAAAGUAUAAUGAUCUACGUGAGUUAAAGCUUGGUGAUAAACGACUUGUUGAUACGCCUGGUUAUCACUUCAAAAUUAUGCCAAAUAAAUCAGGUGUUCAUUUACCGGUGGAGGUAUACAAUGGGGAUUCUACAGUUUUCCAUACUUUACGAUGGACUGACGUAUUGGAUUCGAUAUUUCCAACCGAACCUAAUUUACGUUUUACAUAUUUUGCAAGUUUAACUGGAAUUUUACGUGUAUAUCCAGCAUUCCCUUGGAGAAAACAAAAUGUUGAUAUGUUUGAUGUUCGUAGACGUUCAUGGUUUAUACAAGGUUCUUCUGUUCCCAAAGAUCUGUUCAUAUUACUUGACACGAGUGGAAGUAUGACUGGCCAGUCAUUAAAAUUGGCUAACUUAUCAGCUCAGAAAUUAAUUGAAGCUCUUGAUGUGGAUGAUUACUUCACUGUAGCACAUUUUCCUGGAGCUAAAGAUCAUGUUGCACCAAUGAUUGUCACAGCAAAUAAUGAAAGCGAACCAAUUUGUUUUAAUUCAUUUGUUCAGGCAACUAAACGUAAUAAAAUGCGCUUGUUUUACGAUUUGAGUACUUUAAAAGCACGUGGUUAUUCCGAUUUUCCAGCAUCAUUGAAAUUCGCUUAUGAAAUGUUUCGUAAUUUAACUGGAAGUGAACGAGGAGAUCGUGGUAAAGAAUUAAGAAAUAAAAUUCUUGUAUUAAUGACAGAUAAUGCAUUUGUAUUUGAUGAAUCUGUACUUUCGCAGCUUAAACAACAAAAGUCUAAUAUUACAACAUUUAUUUAUUCCCUUGGUGAACCUGUUGGAGCAGCUUAUGAACAUAAAAUGAAAGUGUGUGCAACAAACGACUAUUAUCAGUAUCUACCGACCGUCGGAGCAGUCUCAAAUUUAAUGAAGGACUUUCAUGAAAAAUCAACUCAAAUUCGCUUCGGACCAAAUGCUAGUCCAUUACCAACUGAAGUAAUUCUACAUGGUGCAUCAGAUGUACUACAUACAAAUCAAUAUAAAGGCACAGGCUUAAUGGUUAGUAUAUCUAUGCCUGUUUAUAAUCGAACUAAAAAGUUACAAUUCUUGGGCCUUAUGGGUACAGAACUACCAAUCGAAUUAAUGAUGUAUGGAUUACCUCAAUCAAAACUCUAUCCAAUUGGUUACGCAUUCGUUGUUAAUACUAAUGGUUAUUUAGUUUUUCAUCCUAGUUUGAUCCCUGAAUACCCUUGGUUAGAUGAUAGUCCGUACUUAGACUUUCUUGAUGCUGAAUUCAAUGUUUAUGGAUCAAAAACACUGAUUAGAAAGAAGUUGAUUGAUAAUGCUAGAGGUUCUGAACAAAUUAUCGAUUUCAUCAAAGUUUCAGAUAAUGUGCAUACUUAUGUUAAACCAAGGCUGUAUUCAUUUACAAGACUACCUAAUACAGAUUUUGGAGUUGCAUUUGUUAUGCCCACUGAUCAACAGUUGUUUUUGAGUAUUCCAAAACCAAUAAAAUCUAAAAUUACUACAGAUGGUUCAGGGAAUUACAUGAUUGACGAUGUUCUCAUCGAAAAUUUAAUAAAGAAAGCGAAAAUUAUUUUACCAUGGAAGGCAUUAGAUGUGUACAUGAAAAUAAAUUACUAUGUGUUUAAUUUGGAAAAAGCUAAUGAACACAUGAUACUUCAUAAAGAUGAAGAUGAUCAAGUGAACGUGAAGACAACAUUAGUGGACGAGGAGGAGGGAGAAUAUAAAAUAAUAAACAGAGAAGAAACUGUAAUGGAAAACAAAGAGGAACAACAGCGAUUCAGUGCGUCAAUAUCAUUAAAUGAUGAGUUUAUUUCGAUGGAAAAUGAACUUCUCUCAUUACAAUUAAAUGAUUCAUUUUGUGUAAAUAAUACAAAUUGUUUAUCACAGAAAUCAUUUUUGAGAAAACUUAUCAUUCGAAGUACACUAUCGUCCAACAAUGUUAAUGAUGAAUCUAGAAAUAUUCCAGGUAUUAAAAAUUUUAAUGGUUCUUCUUCAAUAAUACUCACUGAUCAGACAACAGAAACAACAAAAGCGCUACAAUCCAGCGAAUCAAUCACAGCACCAUUAUCAUCCAGAUUUGAGACAUCAUUUGGUGUCAGUGAAAUCGGUAUAGAUGAAAAUAAAUCAUCAAUACAAACACCGAUAAAAAAUACAAAAUCUGUGGAUAACAAACCAAUAAUAAAUGAAGUAAAUACAUUAGUGGGUUUUGAAAAUACUACUAUUGCUACCACUACUUCUAAUGCUACUACUUCAGCCACUUCAGUAUUAUUAACAAGUCCUGAUGGCAUAAUUAGUCAAACUACAUUAGACAUGAUAAAAGAUGAAGUGAAUGUAAACAAUGAUGGUGUGGAAUCGGAUAAACUCAUCUCUGAACAAAAUAAUGAAUUAAGAAAUUUCCUUGGAAAAAUACAGAGUAUUAAUUCUAAUCAAACGGAAUUAUUGUCACAAAUUCUACUGGAAAUUAUCAUGGCAGAGAGAGAUGUCACGGAAUCAGCUGAAUCAAUCAAACUUAAAAGUCCGAUACUUUCACGAACUAUAGCAUUAAAUACUGGUGUAAUAUGGACAAUACCAAUCAACACUAAUGAACAAUUUUAUAAUGAAUUAAAAUAUUGGCCAAAUUCACCUAUAUUUCAACGUGUAUACGAUUCACAUGAUUUGAUAUUUUGGGUACGGUUAAGAAUGAAUGAAGAUUCUAGUAAACCGAGAGGAAAUCCGGUCGUCACAGAAGACAAUAGUAAUUCUUUAUUACAAAGUAACACUAAACAAAUAAUUGACAAUGAUACCAUUAAUAUUACUGCACAAACCAGUGAAAAUCAGUUACACGUAACACCAACAACAACAAAGUCAACAGUAAAUAAUACCGAGGAAGAGCAAAAUGUGAAUCAAGUUGACGGUAGUAAAAAUAUUCUCAACAGGGAUAAGGUGAUAGAUGAUCAUAAACAUUCACAUAUUGAAAUUGAUGAAUCAUUUCUAACAGUUAAUGACGAUGAAUCUAUUGAAAAUGUGGAAUCAAUAAAUCAAAUUAUGAUGAAUAGUCAAGAUAAUACUGCAUUACCAGUGACUAUAUUUACAUCGAUUACAAUUACACAAGGACCAAAUGUCUAUAAAGCUGGAGUUAUGGGUAUAACUCUGGAACCAGAUUAUUUAUCUGAACAGCUAAGUAUGAUCCCAGAAUGUUCAGUUACACAAUCGAACAAAUUAUGUUAUUUACUAGAAGAUGCAGCUAACAUAAUUGCUGUGAACAACAAAUUAUUAUAUUAUCAGAUAGGUCAAUUCCUUGGAUAUAUUGAUCCAGAUCUAAUGAAUUCUUUAGUUCAGAAUCAUGUUUAUGGAGUUCUGAAGGAUUACGAUUUCGAAGGUACAUGUUAUCCGAGAGAAGACAUGCUUGAGACGACUUCUCCUGGAAUACACCCAAUACCGUCUAUCCUUAUGUACACACAAAGUUUGUUCAAUGUGCGUAUUUGGUUGGAUCGAUUAUUGACAAUCGGUUCAGUAAGUGUAUUUAUUACCAGAGCAUUUAUCGUGGGAAUAAUUAGAGUAAUAGUUUCAGGUGAUCUAAACGAUGAUGUCGAUCCACAAAAUAAACCAUAUCAGUGCAUUAAAUUAAUGCAUCGUUAUUAUUCAUUAAAUAGUGAGCUAUAUGAUACAAUAAAUCCACCAUUCAAUGUUGGCUUUCACCAUAGAUUUCAAGGACUUAUAUCAUGUUCUCAACAACGUAAUCGUGAUUGGUCAGUACAAUCGAUUAACGGUACAAAUCUGUUGUUACUUAUCACAGAUCCAAUAUUUGCUGAGUGCGAAAAUAUAACACUCAUUAGACGUUUACACCGUGAUCCUAUAAAAGAUGUCGGUCCAGAUGUUUGUGAAACUUCCCGUGUUCCGCGCUAUCGUAGACAAUCACAAAAGUGGACAUUAGUUCCGAAUGAUGAGGAUAAUCCACUUCAUUGUUCCAGUACAGAUAGAUUACAGAUUUCAUUAUAUAUGAUCAUGAGUUUGAAUGUUUUUUUCUUUUUUUGUCUUUCAUUGUAUUAUUAGUUAUUUAGUUUAUUGAUAUCAGAAACAUUUCCUAAAUCGAGUGUACACGAUUACUGAGGUUGAGAUUUUGUGAAACAUUUUGUGCUACUUGCUGUUAGUCAGUAGUACAACAGAAGAGCAAAAAAUAUCAGAUUGAUGGUAUGGGUUUAUUUGUUUAUGUAAUUGUGUGCCCUCAUAUUAUGCAAGAUCAAUGUUAUUUAAAACAAUGAUGGUAUAAUUUAUUCUAGAUUGUUAUUCCAUUAUAAUCUUGUGUUUUACCUGUACGUAUCUUGACCUGAUAGUUCCUCGAUAUACGAAAGCAUUUCUUAACCGAGAUACAAGUAAUCCAUUUACUGAGUAAAUUUUUUCAUGCAUAUGUAGUGUUUUAGUAAUUCUGCAUUUGAUUAUCACAGUCAAAUUAACUUCAGAAAAUUUAACAUGGAAAUUUAAAGCCGAAGUUUCAUUUUUCCAAAUGUUUAGUCUAAGAUAGAAAAACCAUUGAUC